AAAAAAAUUCAAUUGUUAAAGGAAAAUGAUAUAAAAUUCGGAAUUAGUGAUAGAAAAAAUUCAAAAUUUAAUUAGUCAAAAAUAAAAAACGUAUUAAUUUAAACUGUUAAGUAAAAAUCCUCUGCUUUUUAACCUCAUAAUGGCAACAAAAGAACUUUUGGCGAAACUUCCAGAUAUACCAUUGGCAAAACCUGGUUAUGAGGCUCUGGAUAUGACUGCGCCAGUAUUGGUAUCGUUAAACCCAGAUGGCAAUUGGCAGAAAAGUAAACCAGAUUGUUUAGACGAGGAACAAUUGAAAGCUGUAGUGGCACACUUAGUUAAGUCUAAAGCUGUAUCAGCAGCUCAAAGCUAUUGUUGCCAGUGCGCUGCCGAAAAGAAAGACCGAGGUGCAUCUAACUACGUGCCGGUUAUAAUGAUGCCACUCUAUCCGGCUGACCAAUGUCCAUUCGAUAUGGAUUGUGAAAUCCAGAAAAUGAAAGAAUCAGAACCUAAAAAAAAGACGAAAGCUAAAGCUGUCGCCGAAACAGAAAAGGAUGACAAAGAAGGUAAAAAGAAAAAGAAACGGGGAUUUGUAAUGCAGCGGCUGAAUGAUUUCGAUUUGUUGUCGCAGUGGUAAUUUUUGUAUGGUGUUGUCAUGUAGCUAUGUCUAUGUCUUGUGAAAAUGUUAAGAAGUUCCGAAAUACAAUUUUGAUGUUUCAUCUUU